UACAGUUACUUUUAGAUAUUAGAUUUUAUUAGUAAAUGUUGGUGAAUGUCAGUUUCACCAUACACUGACAAAGAGAUGACAAAAUAUUUCCAUUGAUAAUUGAAAUUUACAGAUAGGUAAAGCAAGAAAAAGGCUGCUGAGAACUUCUUAGAGUUGGAUUUAAGGAUAUUUACUUUAUAUAUUUAGAUUUUGACGUUGACAAUUUGUGUUUUAAUCGUUGUACAGUUUUAACUUUUUGAAUCUCAAUGUCUACUGUCAUUGAAUAAUUAUCAGACCCCCUCAUUGUCUGAUUCCCAGGGCCGGCUCCAGGCACCAGCCCACCAAGCUUGUGCUUGGGGCGGCACCUGGAGGGGGGCGGCGCGGUGCUCCGACUCCGGCCUCUAGGGAGAGCGGAGCCCCGGCCGGGCUCUCCGCCCUCCUCCUGGGGCUCCGGCCGCCAGCAGAGCCGCGGCAGGCUCAGCGCCCUCUCCUGCCGCGCUGGGAGGAGAGCGGCGGGAGGCUUUUUUGCCUCAGGCCGCAAAAAAGCCAGAGCUGGCCCUGCUGAUCCCCCUAUCAUUUCCAACAGUUGUAAAAAUUUAAAUCGAUAAAAAUUGAAAAAAAUAUUAAAACUGAUAAUUCUGCACAACUGUGAAAAUCUAAAUUGAUACAAAAAUACUUAAAAAUAAACAUUGAUAAUUCCAUUGAAAUUAUAAAAAUUGAAUUCUGCCAAGCCUAGUUUUAAUUAUCUCAGAGAUUAACACAGGUAAUGAUUUUUUGUAAUUUAAUUUUUCAACUGCCAUUUUCUUUGAAAUUAUGCACAUACAUCUUCCAAGUUCCAACUAUUUUGUAUCUGUAUAGGCUUCAGAGACAGAAUGUUCUGGUUCAGCCUCUGGUCUUGCCUUUGACCCCUCUGGGCCUCCCCAUCAGUUAUACUUUAUGUUCUGGUUAUCUAAUCUCCCUUCUUCAGCCACUCAGGGUGGUUUUGUAACUUGGCUUCUCAUAGGUUUUUUGAACCAGCAAGCUGCAGGACUCUUACCCUACUGAAUAAUAGACAUAAUAGAGUAAAUAAUUCACAUAGAAAUAACCACAUAACUCUAUAGAUCAAAGUCCUGUAACAAUGUUCUUUUCCACCCCCCUUUUAAUUAGAAAGGAACAACUAUUAACCUUGGAACUAUUCUUCAUGUUCAAGUCUUUUUUUGCUCCUAUCACUAAUAAAUGAGUUAAUUGUGAAGGGCUUUGCAUAUUUCUGUGAAAAGUGCCAUGUAAGUAUAAUUUGUGUUGUGGUGUAAACAUGUUCACAGAACUCAUUUACAAGGACAUAUGCCCAAUGUAACAACAGUUAUCCAACACAGCGUUUCCAUCCUACCCCAGAGCUGGCUGCAUUCCAGUGGUGGGUGAAAGGAGUUAUAAUUUAUAAAGGGAUGUUGGUGAUCUUCCCGGAGGAUAUACAUGAUGUAAAAUACAGCACUACCUCUGCUGCAGUAGUGACACUAUCUUGGCCACCUGAAUGGAGUGUUAUUAGGCUGGAUUCAUUUUAACUCUACCCGUUUUUAUUCUCCUUGCAAUAACACAAUGUCAUAUUCCAACCCAUAGGGAAUAAAGGAAUCUCUUUAUCAAAUCACAGCGAAUAAGCCAUUUGCCUGUGUACACUUAAACAGCUUUAAGAGACCAGACUGAUAUCUCAAUACUAGCCAAAACAGAUACCCUAGCGGGACGUGCUUAACUGAAGAGACUCCAGGAGAAGGACGCCUAGCACGAAGACCCACUCCGAUUCCUUUAAACUGGGGGUAACUAGAGUGAGGAGGAGAGGAACCAAAGCGAUCAGAGGGGUGUGCGUGUGACGUGUGAGUCGAUCUUGUGUCAAAGCUGCUACGUUCGCUGACCCUCAGUCCCCCCACACAGAGCCCCCCUGCUGCUGUUGGCUGACACCACUUCCACCGCCUCCUGUCUGAGCCAAACCCUGCUGCAAUUCAGCGCAAGCUCCUAAAUCCUCCUCCACUUUCCUAGCUGGAGCAGCAGCAGGAGGCGCAGGAGCUCAGCGGAUCUGGCAGGGUGUCCAGUGAGCGCGCUGGAUUUUCUCCCUCCUCUGCUGAUCAUGGCUUGAGCUCGGCUGCCGGUGGAGGUGCCCGGGGUGGGGGAAGGGUUGGGUCCGGCUGCUCCCUGCAGGGGGAGCCAGGCUGCCACUUAGGUCCCGGGCGCCAAGCGCAGGUGCUGCCGCUGUUACCUUUACCUCCGGGGGAGGGCAGGGGGCUGGCGUUGCAGGUUGAGGCUGCCGAGAGAGGCGCACGCGGAAGGGAGUGAGGAACGCUCCCCGCCCCUUUUCCCCGGUACGUGCAGCAGCAGGAGCCGAGGCGAGCUGCAGCCUCGGGAGAGAGGAAGAGGCGCCGCCACGCACUGGAGCGAGCUUCUCCCGGGCGCAGCGGCUCUCGGGGCUUCUCCCGCAGCCCGGCGGGCCCCGGGGUGGGGGGACUCGCCCCCCGUGGCGCGGAGCCAGAUGUGCGGGGCCAGGGGCUGGAAGGAGCCAGCCAGGCGGUGCCGUGAGCUCUGCCCUGCGGGGCCGCUGCCCCCGGCUUGCCCGCGGGACCCGUAGCGGGUGCUGGGGCAGGGAAGCCGCAGCUUGGCCGUGCGGAGCGGAGGCGGCUUUGCAGAGGCUUCCCCGAGGCGGCUCGGCGCCGGCUGUGCGGGGCUGGGGCAGGCUCGGUUGCGGCGGCUGGCGGCGGGGGGGGUCUCGGCCGAGCGCGGCUUGAAGCGCAGGACAGGGGGGUCCCGGGCUGCGUGGGCGGCUCGGGUCGCCCUCCCCGGGCGUGCGGAGCCCGCGGCGCAGUCGGCAGUUCCGCGCUAGCUUUGAAGCGCCCGGCCCCAUCCCACCCCCUCGGCUCUCUAUGUGAGGCUCCCGGAUGGCGAUAGACCGGCGACGCGAAGCGGCUGGCGGAGGCCGGCAGUUGCCCGAGGAGAACGGGUCCCUGCCGGCCGGGGAGGCGGGCUCGGCGGCAGCAGCAGCGACGCUGGCGGUGGCUCCCCCCGCGACCGCGGAGAUCCAGACCCUGCCGCCGCCUGCCGCCGGCUCCUGCAGCCCCCUGCUGCUGGACUACGAUGGCUCGGUGCUGCCUUUCCUCGGCGGGCUGGGCUGCGGGUACCAGAGGACCCUGGUGCUGCUCACUUGGAUCCCGGCCCUUUUCAUCGGCUUCAGCCAAUUCUCGGACUCCUUCCUGCUGGACCAGCCUGACUUCUGGUGCCGGGAGCCGGACGGGCAGGGCAACGGGACGGACAACUUGACCCGAGGGCUGGCUAACCACAGCCAGAGCAGCAGCGCCGGGAUGCUGGGGGCCCCGGCGCUGCCCACCCCGCCGCCGGGAGACAACGCCAGCCAAUGCCACUGCCACGAGUGGCACUACCUGAUCAGAGCCGGUCUCGUCCAGAACGUCGUGAGCAAGUGGGAUCUCGUUUGUGAAUCUUCCUGGAAAGUCCAUAUUGCUAAAUUCUCCCUACUGGUAGGCUUAAUCUUUGGCUACUUGAUAACAGGAUGUAUAGCUGACUGGGUUGGUCGACGGCCAGUGCUACUCUUCUCGGUCAUAUUCAUUCUGAUAUUUGGACUGACUGUGGCUCUCUCAGUAAAUGUGACAAUGUUCAGCACACUCAGGUUUUUUGAAGGGUUUUGCCUGGCUGGAAUAAUCCUCUCCCUGUAUGCACUGCGAAUAGAACUCUGUCCUCCUGGGCACCGGUUCAUGGUCACCAUGGUGGCAAGCUUCAUUGCAAUGGCAGGACAGUUCCUCAUGCCAGGACUGGCUGCCCUCUGCAGGGACUGGCAGGUUCUCCAGGCGGUCAUCAUCUGCCCUUUCCUGCUGAUGCUGCUUUACUGGGUUAUUUUCCCGGAGUCCCUUCGGUGGCUGAUGGCUACACAACAAUUUGAGGCAGCCAAGAAACUUAUUCUUCACUUCACUAACAAGAACGAGAUGAACAUUGAAAGUGAUAUCAAAGGAGUGAUGCCCGGACCCUUGCCUCACUCAGUGCACAGGAUGGACGAUUCUCCUGGAAUGAAGCUAUUGUCUGUAGGAUCCCUACCUCAUUUGUUGCAGAAGUUGGAAGAGCUGGAGAAGGAGCUUACCAGGAGGCCCAAGAAGGUCUGCAUUGUUAAAGUGGUGGGAACCAGGAACCUGUGGAAAAACAUUGUAGUAUUGUGUGUGAACUCGCUGACCGGGUUUGGGAUACAUCACUGCUUUGCAAAAAGCAUGAUGGGUCAUGAAAUGAAGAACUCGAACCCCCACCAUUUCUAUACAGACUACUAUACCAUGGCAGGGAUUGCUCUGGCAUCCUGCCUGGCUAUGUGCCCCGUCGUUGGGUUUCUAGGGCGAAGAGGAGGACUGUUGCUGUUCAUGAUUCUGACAGCUCUGGCAUCGCUUCUACAGUUAGGCCUUCUCAACUUGAUUGGAAAAUAUAGUCAACUUCCAGACUCAGGUAUGAGUGACAGCGUCAAGGACAAAUUCUCUACUGCAUUUUCCAUUGUGGGUAUGUUUUCUUCGCAUGCUGUUGGAAGUCUUAGUGUUUUCUUCUGUGCUGAAAUCACACCAACAGUAAUAAGGGGAGGUGGACUCGGACUUGUCCUGGCCAGUGCAGGCUUUGGUAUGCUGACUGCACCUAUAAUGGAGCUUCAUAACCAGAAAGGCUACUUUCUGCACCAUGUGAUCUUUGCCUGCUGUACGCUCAUUUGCAUCAUCUGUAUUCUUCUCUUGCCGGAGAGCAAGAACCAAAACCUGCCUGAGAACAUCCCAGACGGCGAACACUACACCAGGAAGCCCCUCCUACCACACAAGAAAGGGGAGCAGCCCCUGCUUCUGACAAACUCUGAACUCAAGGAUUACUCUGGCCUCCACGAUUCGUCAGCUGUGGGUGACGGGGUGUCCGAGAAUACCACUGCCAAUGGGAUGUAACUGGGCAGAUUUUUUUAUUUUAUUUUAUUUUUUUGGGAGAAGGCGCACUUUGGGUGGGGGCAUUUUGCACAGGUUUGCAGACCAGUGAUGGAACAGAUGGAUACAUGGGGGAAUUCAGCUCUGCUGCUAAAGCCACUUAUUGUAGGAAUCUUCAACUGGUGUACAAAUUACUUUUGAAAAGGUUAUGGGGGGAAAUAAAACAUCUGAGAAAAGAACUGGACGGAGAUAACCCUUCCAAACUUUCUUUUCCUGGAAUUAAAUGUUUAUAUUUAUUUUGAUUAUCAUUUUAAAGAAGCACUUUACUCCCUUUUCAUUGAUCACAUGAAUGAAGCCAUCUUAUUUCAAGAGGUGCAGCCAUUCCAAAAAAGAAAUGGUGUGAUGUUUUUUGUUUGUUUUUGUGUUUUGUUAAAGGAAAGAGGUAUCUCUACUGCAAAGCUGAAUCUACUGAAACUUAGGCUAGAACAACAUUAGUUCUGCCUGUCUAGAAAGUCAAAUCCCCCAGGUUGCCUGUUCUGUUUGUACAAACAACAAAAAACCUGUUGUGAGUCAAACUCUGGCUGCAUUUUAUUUAGCGUAAAUUAGGUUUUGAUAGUGUCCCCAUAUGUAUUUAAAAGUUAUUUUCUAAAUUAGAGUUGUUUUUUUAUUGUAGUUAAAGCAGUCAGCAAAAUACUACACAAACUAGCUUAGUUUUUCAAUCAGGAUCAGCCUUCUACAUUUUAAAUAUCACAUUCAGCUCUUUUAGAGAUUUCCAGCAAGUGAUUAAUAAUAAUAUAAACAACUGAAAUGAGUUGACCACCAGUGGUAAAAUUAGGUUUACCAAGAAUGGUGUUAACUAACAGGAGGUUCAAUAUCUGUAUCCUAGUGUUCCAGAGAAUAUUUUUGGUUAAAGGAGACAAAAUGUAGGAGUAUUGGCUACAAUCUGAAAUGCUUGCUCCAAAAGGGAGUUUAGCUGAAAUUUCCACUAGUACAAGAACUGUGACAUUGCAUGCCCUAACUGUUUAAAGCCUAUUCUUAUUUAAAUUUAUUUUAUUAGAAUAAAAGGGAAUGAAUUGAUUAUUUGAAUAAAUACUGAAGAUGGGGGGGGGGGGGAGAAAGGGCUGUUUAAAAUGUUACUUAAAUAGAGGUCAAGAGGGCACUCUCUAUGAAAUGGGUCAUCUUUAAUUAUACGUUUUUAAAACCUCCUGUCCAAGCCAGAAUUGUGAUUACUAUAUAUUUUGCUGUCUCCUGUUUGCUAUUUCUGACCCAAGAAUUUACAAUGAACUGCCACCUUAAUCCCACCAAAAAUGUGCUCUUGUAGACUCUCUUAAAAAAAAAAAAAAAAAAAAAAAAAAAAAAGACUAUAGGAUCACUUGUUUGAUUAAAGUAAUUUAAAAUGCCUCUGCUUAGUAAAGUAAGAAGCAAAUCUUUCAUUUAUUGUAAAGAUGGCUACUUGAUAAUAGCCAGGUGAGUCCCCAAGCCAGCAACAGAUUUGCAUUGUUGUGUGAAUGUCUUACGGAUCUAGUUAAUACAAGAACAUUCUGAGCUUAAAAGCUUUUUUGCAUCAUUAACAAUCCCCCCACCGCUACCUUCCUUACCUUAUUCACUCCGGCCAUGCAUUUUUGAUUUGCCCAGUGGUACAGCCAUUUAAAUGAACAGAGCAGCAGGAUAUGUAAUGUUGUAUUGAGCAUCCAUAUGAUUGCCACUUUGUUUGAUGGACAUCUUGCAUUCAUAGGCAUGGAAAGGCUAAUCUGCACUUUCCUCUUCUUCCCUACCCAUUCUUUUGCUCUAUAUAUUGUCUGUUAACUACUGUACCUACUACUUACAUCCUCCAUUAGGCUGCCUUUGUCCUCUUGUAACCCACACAAAAUCAGCAAGACUGUGAGUACUGUAGUAAGCUACACAGCCGCAGAUGCUGAUGAGUGCAAGAGGACGAGCAGGCCUGGAGAAGUGACAAAGAUUGUUGUGGUUGGAAAAUCAAUGUUGUCCUAAAGCUGCUAACUUUUGUACAGAGGAUGUGGACAUUUAGGUUCUUUUUGAGCCACGUAAGAAACACUGGACCAGCUGAUGGUAAUUUUGCCUGGAGUUACACUGUUGUUUUCACCUUAGUUAGACUUGCUGUGACAGCAACAGACCAAUUUUUCUUACACUCUCUAAACAUCUCUAGUUACUGUACGGUUUGAAAGUGGCCACCUCUCCUUCGUUUUGUUCUGCAUUCAGAUUUUUGCAGUCUGCAUUCACCUCGAAAAUAAGGCCUUUCGGUUUGUGCAGUAUUCAUGUGCCAAAUUUGUGUAAUACCUUUUGCCUUUUAUAUGAAGCUUGUUACAAGCCACAUAUCAGGAAAAGUGGGUUUAUAUCAAAAUCUAGAAAGUAAAACAAAUAAUAAUCCAGGGAGGGGGGCCUUGACACAGGAGACCAAUAGAGAGAGCAGAGGAUUGUUUGAAAUCGGGCAUGCACACAGACUCAGAGCUGUUACGCAGCACCUUGCAAUCCAUAUACCAUAGAACCGCUUUUUAGUUCAUGGUCUCUGUGCAAAUAUACUCAGGCUACAGUACAAAUCAUGUAGACCUUUCACAAGCCUAUUAGACGGAUUGCAUUUAGCACUGUUAUGGUCCUGGUGUGUCAUCGCUGUUGUCCACAGCACUUUAUAGUUUCCUAUUCUGGUGUUUGCUCUUUCAUUACAAACAGUCCCAGGAAAAAGAACUGUUUAAACAUAUCAGCCUAUUUAUAUAAGAAAUAAAUACAUUAGGUGACAGGCGCACUUGGCAAUUUUUGUGAAAUUUACCUUUGUAUUUUGUUUUUUAAUUUGCCUGAGAUGAGGCAUUUGGUACUAGUCCUUUGAAAUGAGGUCCCAACACCUAUGGUUUGCUUGGCUCAGUCAUGGCCAAAACAUUAAGUAAUAGUCUGUCUCGGCAGCUCUGUUAUAGCUCAUUUGAGAGGAUGAAAGCCUGUUUUUUAAAAAGAUAUUACACUCCACUAAAGCUGAUGGCUAUCUGAGGCUGGAAAGUUUCUGGGGAGAGACAGACAGGUACUAAAUGAUACAGCAGGGCAGGAGGCUAUAAACAAGCAUCAGUUUCCUACUGUGUUCUGUCCGGUUCUUUGUACAGUUGGGUACUGUGGCAGUUUUUUAACAACUGUCUGUCAAGCCAUAAGCGUCUCAAUCCUGGUUCUCCACAGCGCAAAGGAAACAUUUUUUUCAGACGACUACUGUUCCCAGCCAAUGCAACAAGGAAAGCAUUCAAAGCUUUGUUGUCCAUUUAGGCCCAUUUCUUUCCAUAAGCCCUCAGUUAUUCUAGCCCACUAGUGGGGUUUUUAGUUACCAUUUAAGGGACAUGUUUUGUUUUUUGUUUUUAGAAUUUUUCAACAGAAUGUGAAAAUGGCAUUACACUUGAUCAUUUUAUGGGGUGUUUUUUUCAGCAAUGUUUCUGUUGCCAAACACACUGAAAAUAGAUAAGACGAGGAAAAGCAUGUAAUCUCUUUGCCACUUUUGAAAACUGUUGUUUUGGUUAAGCAGGGUUUUUUGGUUUUGUUUCGGUUUUGCUUUGUUUUAACAUGGAAGUAUUUUUCUUAAAUGAUGCCACUUCCUGGAGCCAAAUGCUAAAGAUCACCAAAUUGGAAGCAGAAGUGCCAUUAAAUGAACUCUGUGAAUGUCAAGUCAAAUUGCAGCUGUAGCUAGCACAUAAAGACCACGCUUAAGUGCGGGUUGAUCUCCCACACUUUAACUUAAAAAAAAAAAUUAAUCCUCAUUUUAAUUGUAUUGUGUGAAAUGUCUUGGGAAAGGAGUACAGUGUGUUUAUGUCUAGUGGGUGAGACUUCCCUCCCUCCCCUCAGUUUCUGAUGAAGUUUUAUUAAAGAAUCGUGUUACUGUAUGUUUUGAUCAUGAGUAGUCUGGUGGUGCUUAUUCAUAGCACAAGCUUAAAUCAAGUACUGAAAACAGUCUUACAAGCUAAAUGUCUGCAUGAUGUUACAUCUGUUGUACCUACUGAAAAACUUUGUAUGUAAAUGUACAGAAAUAAAAAGGUGUUGCCCCAUUAGCAUA